UAUACAGUUUCACCGUAUGAGUUCUACGUUCGUCCAUUGUUAAUGAAACGAGCUGAAGAGGGUGGCUGCCGUGAUAACAGUGAUGAUAAUAAAGAGAAUGAAGAUUACUUUCUUGCUGGUGGAGAUCGAGUAGGUGAUGCUCAGAAUCGGUCAGGAAUUCAGCCCUAUUCUUGCGCACAACAAAUCGAUGCAAUGAUCGCAGCGAAUGAUGAACUGUUGAAGUUGGCUGAUGAUUUGAACGCUUUUUACGGGCAUCCGACGAAUCGAAAACCGAUUUGUGUGCAACGAGUGUGA